AUGAGUUUGUAUGAUGUUCUAAGGAUUCCAAAGAAUGGAACCAAGGACGAUGUGGAGCAUGCGUAUCGUCUCCUAGCAAGACAGUACUUCCGGAAUCAAGAAGCGAUCGACCAAACCGGAUUUGCAGAGAUAAAUAAAGCAUACACCAUAUUGAAGGAUGAACACAAGAGAAGUUUCUACAACAUGUUUGGAGAUUUGUCUAUCCAACUUCUGCUCCAAAGCAAGGACUCGUACAUAAUCACAAGAAUAUUUGAUAGAUUCAAUGUUUUGAUGUAUUUUUUUGCGAGUAUAAUGAUUGAAAUAGCGCUAUUUGUACUACCGUUUCUAGUUGCGCAUGAAAUAAGUGUGAGUGUCUAUAUGAGUAUUCCUUUAGGAAUUGCAACUGUAGCAAUCAUUGUUUCUGCGAUUAGAUCGAUUGCAUCGCUUUCUAAAGUAUAUGGAUUUGGCAAUGAACUCAAAAACGUAGUAUGUCGUUCAAUAACUUUUGUUCUUGUUAUUGCGGUGUAUUUCAAUUACAUGCUGUAUGCAGAUGGUGCUGUGAAGAGCUUGGCUAUACCUAUAUGCAUUUUUGUUGGAUUACAAGGAUUAGUUGUGCUGAAUUCAAUACUUUCUUGGAAAUUAUCAGGACAAACAGAAGACUUUAACAAAAAGAAAAUACUUAUAGAUAGAAUUUGGAAAUUAGUGAUGUUUGCUACGCUUGUUACACAUGUUGUUCCAUCAUUUAUCAAGCCUCUUUUGUUUUUAGAAGGGAUUUGGAACCAUAUCAAUAGAAAAUAUUCGGUGUUUGUGAAUGCAUGUGUAACUCUCCCAUCCAUAUUUUAUAUAAGCACAUUUUCAUUGAUAUUGGCAGGCUUUAAAAGCGCUGUGAUAUAUAUACCGCUGGGGAUAUUCAUGACAUUGAUUAUUGGAACAAAUGGAUUUAUAAUAGCUACGAUUGUAAAUAUAAAUCCAAAGAGCAAAUACAAUAGCAAUAUAUCUGGAUCUCUUCCAUAUUAUGAGGUUUGA